GCACUGCGCCAGAACACACGCUUGAGUUUGAGUGAGGCAACAAGUGAAGGGUUGAUGGAUGGCAAACGAUGAUUACUUCUCAUAAUUACUCCUGUCGUGCAUUUCUGUGUCAUUGAUUCCACUUCUGCAUUUAAAGUUUAAGGAAAAUCAAUUUCAGCUCAUCUUUCAUUGUCAGAGACAUUUCACCGUCUGCAGCCAUCUUCAUCUGACGUUCAUCCGUUAACCAAAAAUGAGCAACACAAAAAGCUUUGGAUACAGCAUCUACACUUUCCCUGAUCGUGUGAUGCCGGUGGAUCUGGCCCUGCAUGCACAGAUUAGCCCACCGGUGUCUCAGCUCCUUGGCAUGUCUGCUCUCAGGGCUUCUCCACCCAGCGUGUCCUCACCAGAGCUUCAACGAGGCAGCCUUUUACCCCCUUCCCCUACAUCUUCACUAUCUUCAUCCAGCUCUGCCAGCUCUGCCAGCUCCCUGUCCUCAUACUCUGCUGGCAGUGGCACAUCACGCAAGAAGAAGCGAGUCGUGUUCGCUGAUGAUAAAGGUCUCGCUCUCACAUCCGUGCGCAUCUUCAACACUGACCCUACGGAGACGGAAACGGAAGAUGCCCCCCAACCUGAGGAGCAUGUGAAGCCUAGAACGCCCAUGCAGAGCGUGAGACUGCAACUUAAGCUUGGUUUUCCACAGCCUGUUGCAGACCGUGCAAGCUUGAAGGAAACCUUAGUGCAGUUGGAGAGCUGUAGCCUGAGCGAAAGGGAGUUGAGCGGGACAGUACGGGUCUGCAACAUUAAAUUCGACAAGAAUGUGUUCAUUCGCAUAACUUUUGACUCAUGGCGAAGUCAUAAAGACAUUGCAUGCACUUAUGUAAGGCAACCAAAUGCAGGUUUGGAGACUGACUUGUAUUCUUUUAAUGUGUCGCUACCGUCCGAUCUGGACCCGAAGGAGCGUCUGGAGUUUCUAGUGGUGUUCCAGCCCGGCAAUAGCAAGCUGCAGCUCGUGGACAACAACAAAGGUAAAAACUACCACAUUGUUAUGGAAAACAGGGUGCCGGAACCUCGGCUGGUUACGAAAAGCAGACGAAACUUCGUUAUACCAAGUCCUCAGCGUUAUUCUGCAUGGCCUGGGGUCAGAGGUCAGGAACUACAUAGGAUGAGACACCUGGCUUGCAAAGGCCUGCCCUACACAGACCAUCUGUUAAACAGGACCUGGGGAAGAAUGGCGAAUGUUUCUCCGUUAUGUUAAAAUGGGA